AUAUAAUCGUGGUUUUGGUUUGUUGCAGUGAGGGAGAAGAAGAAAAAGGAGGAAAAUGGUGCUUUGGGUUUUCGGCUAUGGUUCUUUGGUGUGGAACCCAGGCUUUAUAUUUGAUGAGAAAAUUGUAGGAUUCAUCAAGGAUUAUAAGCGCGUGUUUGAUCUUGCUUGCAUAGAUCACAGAGGAACACCAGAAAGGCCAGCAAGAACUUGCACCUUAGAGACCACAAAAGGAGCGAUAUGCUGGGGGGUCGCAUAUUGUGUAAAAGGAUGCCCUGAAAAGGAGAGAGCAGCCUUGGAGUAUUUGGAGAGGAGAGAAUGUGAAUAUGACUGCAAGACUUUUGUUGAUUUUUACAAGGAGGAAGGAGAUACAUUGGAGCCAACCUUGACAGAAGUCUUAGUAUUUACAUCGACUCCAGACAAGGUAAAGAAUAAAUAUUUCUUGGGUCCAGCCCCGAUGAAAGAGAUGGCAAGUCAAAUUGCAACAGCAUCUGGUCCUUGUGGAAACAACAGAGACUACCUGUUCAUGUUGGAGAAGGCUUUGUUUGACAUAGGUCACGAGGAAGACAUGGUAAUAGAGUUGGCAAGGGAGGUGAGGAAAGUGGUGGGAAAGAUGACAAAAGGCAUUCCAAUUCCUUUAGCCACUGGCACCCACCUACCCAUCAAUCCUCAAUUCACUCACAUCCAUCACCACCUACCCAUCCCUGAAAGCCCCAAGAUCCUUAUCCUUGAUUCCUGACCUCAACACAAAAAAUUUAACAACUAAAAUAUAGAGAAAAACUGGACUCAAUAUUUUGAGACAGAUUACUAGGAGGGAGAUAGAGGGAGUGAGAGAUUGAUGUUAGAAUAGAAGCUAAAGAGAGGUAUUGAUGUUAGAAAAUAACUUAGACAGAGAGAAUGAUUUUAGAAGAGAGAGAGAGAGAGAUCACAUUUUUUUUUAUCUGCUGACUGAAAUUCUGCAUUUAAGGUUAAAAUGAAAGAGAAAUACAUGGGUGGCCUUCAUCACUGUUUUAUUAUUUUCCCUUCAAUUUCUUAAUAUCAUCUUGCUGACUUAACAAGGUCAAUUUGAUGUUGGACUUGUGAUUUUUAUUGGCCCUUGUCAUUGUUAAAUGCUGUAUUUUUUUGGAUUUCUUGUGGUAUGGUGUCUCUAUAGUGGAUACUGAUAGGGCGAGGCAUUCUUUAAUUUUGCCUGCCCUGCUUUCAAUUUGUAUCAAAGCACAAGUUCUCAAAUGAGCGAAAUGGACCACAAUGUGAAACAAUCUCUCUCUCUCUC